CUCAAUCCUCUUGCUCGAACCAUGUCGGGGACCGGUGCUCGCGAAAACAUCUUCGCCACGCGGAUGGCGCUGACAAACACAAAGCUGCGUCUGAAGGGAGCCCAAACUGGACAUUCUCUGCUGGCCAAGAAACGCGAUGCCCUCACCACCCGUUUCCGAGCCAUCCUCCGCAAAGUCGACGAGGCUAAACGGAAGAUGGGCCGUGUCAUGCAGCUAGCCUCCUUCUCGAUGGCUGAGGUCACGUAUGCGACAGGAGAUAUAUCAUAUCUCGUGCAGGAGCAGGCGAAGCAAGCAGCAUUCAAAGUCAAGGCGAAGCAGGAAAAUGUUUCUGGCGUGGUCCUUCCCGCCUUCGAGGUUGAUCGGGUGGGAGGUUCAGGUCUCGGUCGAGGAGGACAGCAAGUAUUGAAAGCCAAGGAAGUGUACGCAAAGGCCAUCGAAACACUGGUCGAUCUCGCAUCCUUGCAAACGGCGUUCACUAUCCUUGAUGAAGUCAUUCGUGCUACCAAUCGCCGAGUCAACGCCAUCGAACACGUCGUUAUUCCUCGGCUUGAGAAUACUAUCAAGUAUAUCAUGAGCGAGCUUGACGAGAUGGACCGUGAAGAAUUCUUCAGAUUGAAGAAAGUCCAAGGAAAGAAGAAGAGAGACAAGGCCGAGGACACGGCGCCGCCGCCUCCCGAGUUUGAAGAAUUUGGGGAAGGGAGUGGAGACUUGCUCAGCAGCAAGGAUGAGGACGUUAUCUUCUAA